AUAUUUGAUUUUUUCAGCCGAAGAAUUUCUAUCAUCUUCAACAAAUGAAGAUAAAUUGUUAUUUUUUAAUAAAUGUUGAUGUUUUUAUUGGGUUUUGAUUAAUUUAAAAUAUUCACUAUGGUUUGUCGAUUGUGUUUAAAUAAAGACAAUGAAAAUAUAUUUUUAUUUAGUGAAGAAAAAAUACUAAAAUGUAUAACAAGGUUUUUGCAAUUGGAGCUAACAGCGGAUGAUCCAGUUUCUAAAGUUAUAUGUGCUGAUUGUUGGCAACAUUUGGAUGAUUUUCAAAAGUUUUGUCUGCAAAUCGAAGAAGCCCAAAAAUCAUUGAAAUCAUCGGCAGACAAUGUAGUGGAAGAAGCUAGAAAGGAAUUCGUUAAAGAUUUAAGUCCCGUGAAAGAAGAAGAGCAAGCGGAGGAAUCUAUUGAAGAUGCUUACGAUAACGUUGACACAUUAAACUGUAUGGAUGAGGAUACGAGUAUAUUCAAAGUUGAUGACGACAAAAAAGUCACGUUACCAUUAAUAACUGACUCCUCCGAAACAGACAAAUGUAUUCCAAUGCGGAGAGUGACACGACAACGUUCAAAUUUACCUCCGGAAAAAAUCAAACAAAAACGAAAACGCUCUAAAAAGAAAGAAAUCAAAGAGGAUGAAUCUUCUGAAGAAGAUGAAGAAGAAAAUUCUGACUCACGUAAAAGAAGCAAAUCAAAGAAAUGUGAAGAAAAUAGUCAGGAGGAUAAAGAAGAAGGUCGAUCUGAAAAGUUCUUGAAAAAUAUGAAAACCACUAAAGAAAAUGAUGCUUUCAUUCAGAAACAUAUGAAACUAAGGUGUGAUAUCUGCACCAUAAUCUUGCCCGACUUUACAAAGCUCAAACAUCAUUUCCGAGUAGUUCAUCAACGUAGAGGAUAUGUUAUGUGUUGUAAUAGACAAUUGAAGAAACGUAGCCUGAUCGUAGAUCAUAUUUACGUCCAUAACGAUCCUGAGUAUUUCAAAUGCACAGAGUGUGGUAAAAUUUUGUCUGAUAGAUCUUGCCUGCAAAGACACAAUAUUCUCUGUCAUCAAGCUGAGGAACUGAAAACAUUUCAAUGUAAUCAUUGCCCCAAGAAGUUUCCCACCAAAAAGCUGCUCGAUUUGCAUACGGUUCAUCACAAUGAAUGCACUUUUAUGUGUAGUGAAUGUGGAAAAGGAUUUCCAACAAAAUCAACUAUGAAUGUCCAUUUCAAACGAAUCCAUUCGACGCUGUGCGAUAGAAUGUGUGAAAUCUGCGCCAAACUUAUCAAAGGUAAAACAGCUUUCGAGCGUCAUAUGGAAGAGCAUGAGGGUAUUGUCCAACCUAGGGUACAGUGCAAAGAGUGUGGUUCAUGGCUGAAGGAUAAGAAUAGUCUGCGAAAGCACAUGUACAGUAAACAUGAUGGCAAAACCCACGAUUGUAAGAUUUGUGGUAAAAAUACUCCAUCGUAUAGUGCUUUGUAUAGUCACAUGAAAUAUAUGCAUGAGUUAGCGGCUAUGUUUCAUUGUACAUUUUGUGAUAAGUCAUUUAAGAGAGCUAUUAAACUGAAGGAACAUGUGGCAACCCAUACUGGAGGAUUUCUCUACACUUGUCCACAUUGUCCGACAACAUUUAAUGCAAAAACCAAUAUGCAUUCACAUCGUAAGAAAAUGCAUCGAGAAGAAUGGGAGGCGAGCAGGCGGUAUGCUAAAAAGGCCCCAGGUACCAUCGUCGAAGAAAUCUCAAAUGAAAAAAAGGGGAUGUCUAUUGAAAUUUUAGAAAGAAGUAAAAGUAAAAUUUGUUUUGCCUGUAAAAGCAAUUUUCAUAAAUUCACAAUGGUUUGCCGUUUGUGCUUAAACGAUACUGGUCAAAGUAUUUUCAUAUUUAGUGAAGAGAAUAUCCAAAAAUGUAUUGCAAGGUUUCUACAACUAGAGCUCUCACCUGAAGAUCCAAUUUCUAAGCAAAUAUGUUGCUUGUGUUGGCAACAAUUGGAUAAUUUUCAAAAAUUCUGCUUCCAAAUUGAAGAAGCUCAAAAAACACUUCUGAUUAAAAUCAAUGACGUACCCAAGCCACAAAUUAUUCAAAGUGAUAAUGAGCAACCACUACCGCAACCCGAGAUAAUAAGUUUUGAAACUUUUAAUCCAGAAAUAAGUUUAAAUCUCUUGAAAGAAGAAAGUAUAGAAGACAGCAGAUUCGAUGAUAAUAGCGAUAUCGAUGAACCACUAUUCUGUUUAAAAGAGGAUAAAGUCAAAGUUGAAUUGCACACCGAAGAGGAACUGAAACCAGCAACCCUAGUAAACCCUCCAGCCGUUGAAAGUAUUUCCUCACAAAGAAUCACACGACGAUCAACUACUAAUCAUCAAUAUGCCGAAAAUAAUGACACUGCAGAAAUAUCACCUGGUAAAAGAAAAUCCACCCGAAAUAAGAAAGAUGAAUUUGAAAAAGUCAAAACGAAAGAAGAAGAUGACGAAGAAGAAGAAGAUCAAGAAUCGGAUAAGGAUGCUUUUGAAACAAGCACGUUUGACGUUGAUUCGAAUGCAAAACGAAAACGUGGUCGUCCGAAAAAAGGUGAAAAAGUUACACCCAAGAAAAAGGUUCCAACUGUAAAAUCCGAAAAGUGUUCGAAAAUUUUCCAAACUGCUAGAGAAUUCGAUGUAAUCAUUAAAAAACAUAUGAGUCUGUCGUGUGAUGUUUGUUACGUUAAAUUCGUUGACUUUGCCGAAUUGAAACGACAUUUUCGAAAUGUCCACAAAAGCCGCGGGUAUGCUGUUUGUUGUAAUAAGAAACUCUUUAAACGAGGUCUUGUUGUAGAUCAUAUUAAUGUGCACAAUAAUCCUGAGCAUUUCAAGUGUCCAAAGUGUGACAAGGUUCUGGCUGAUAGGAUGUGCCUUCGCAAUCAUGACCUUUUAUUCCAUCAGGCCGAAGAAUCACUGAUAUAUCAAUGCGAACAUUGUCCUGAUAAAUUCGCUAAAAAAUAUUUAUUAGAUCAUCAUAACGUUAAACACAUUCGAAAAGAUAAAAGCAAACUAACCUGUCCCACAUGCGGAAAUGGAUUCCUUACUGAGUCAACAUUGACGAAACACAUACAAAAAGUCCAUUCUACAGAUUAUGAUAAUAUUUGUGAAAUCUGCGCUAAAAUUGUUCGAGGCAAUGCAGCUUUUGAGCGUCAUAUGAAAGAACACGAAGGUGUUGUUCAGCCACGUUUUCAAUGUAAUAUCUGUGGAAUGUGGUUAAAGACCAAACGUAUUCUGGUUAAACACAUUGAAAAACACGAUGGCAUAACGUAUCCUUGCAAAAUUUGUGGCAAGCAUUCAGCAUCAAAGGGAGCGUUGCAAAGUCACAUGAGCUAUGUGCACGACUUGUCCCGCAAAUAUAGUUGCACAUUAUGUGAAAAGUCAUUUAAGAAAGCUGUUGCUCUUAAGGAACACAUGACAACUCACACUGGAGAAGUACUUUAUACAUGUCCCCACUGUCCAACUACAUUCAAUUCGAGGGCAAAUAUGCAUUCACAUCGAAAGAAAAAACAUCGAGAAGAAUGGGAAGCUAAUAGAAUUUUACUGAAAAAAGCACUUUUAGAAAAACCACAAGAAACAUAAGUGAGCAAGAAAUCACUUCUUAUGUGUUUCGGAACUUAAUUUUCAAAAAGAUUUUUCAUAAUUAUACAUACGAGUACGACAAUUUCUAGAUGAAAAUAUAUUAUUUAUAAUAAUAAGAUUAAAAUAAUAAUAAAAAGUUUAAAUUUUAAUAAUCUAAAAUGA